ACUAACAUGAGAUGAGACCUAAAUGGGCAAUGAUGGAUCAAGCAUAACACGAAUGAUGAGAGGAAGAGAAAAAGAGAGAAGAAGAAGACCAAGAGGAAGAAUACUUAGUAGGCAACUUGCCCACUAUGAGCAAUGCAUGGGCGAAUUUAACUCUGGAAAAUCUACUAUUAUCAAUGCCCUUCUUGGACAGAGAUAUCUCAAGGAAGGAGUGGUUCCUACUACAAAUGAGAUCACAUUGCUUUUGCAUUCUGAGACAGAGUCCGCCAAAUACAGCCGCUGCGAAAGAAAUCCAGAUGGACAAUUUAUAUGCUAUUUGUCAUCUCCAAUACUCAAACAAGUUGCCUUUCUUCUUUAUGUCCAGCAGUGGAAGAAAAAAGUUGUAUUUGUUUUAAAUGAAUUGGAUCUUUAUCGAACAAGCAGUGAGCUUGAGGAAGCAACUUCCUUUGUAAAAGAAAAAGCACGUAGACUGCUUAACUCAGUCUACGUAGACUGCUUAUUUCCUGUAUCUGCACAGUCUGCUUUGGAUGCGAAACUCUCCUCUUCAAGUUACAGUGUGGUAAAAUAUAAGGAAGCCUUGUUUAGUGAUAGUCGUUGGAUGAGCAGCCAAUUUUAUGAGCCAGAGAAGUUCUUAUUUAGUCUUUUAGAUGGAACAACAGAAAGUGGCUUGGAGAGAGUGAAGUUGAAACUUGAAACACCACUUGCUAUUGCUCACAAGCUAUUAUCUUCCUGCCAAGCACUUGUAAAACAAGAAUAUGAAAUUGCCUGUGAGGAUUGAUUUCAAUCACUGGAAUCCUUAGCAGUGUAAAAGACUAUUCUGCAAAAAUUAAGAGUGAUAGGAAGAGUAUGAAAUUGCCUGUUACAUGGAGGAAGAGUAUCACUUCUUUGGUAUGCAUGGUUAUAGAUAAUAUUACCAGGGUAGUAAUAGGGGAUCAUACAAACAACAGCUUAAUCUCUAUUCCUGAAUUUCUUCAAAUUUUAAGAUUAUAAGUAAUUUUUCUGAAUCUUUGCAGUAUCUUUCUUUUCUUAAAAUGCAGAUUGAGACAACAAAAUCUCGAGCACUGAAGCUGACAUAUUCCCUCCUCAGAUUGUCAAAUAUUGAUCUUAUUCCUGCAUAUGCUUUGAAAGCAGAAAGAACUGGUUCUACCUUCACUAUCUCAACUUUCCAAAAUGACAUCAUUAAUCCUGCUCUUUCUGAUGCACGAGUAUGUUUUUUGUUCUAAUUUAUAAUUUCAGAUGUUCCUUUCA